AUGGACUGGUUGAGACUUCCAGAUAGAUCCUUGCUGGGUCAGGGUGCCCUCGUCGGAAUUGUCACGUACUGGGCUGUUUGGAUCGUCUACACACGAUGGUUUCACCCUCUCUCCAAGUUUCCCGGACCAUUCUGGGCGUCUAUCACGAGAGUCUGGACGCUUCUUCAUGUGCUUCCUGGGGAUGCUGAGAAGAGGCAGAUGACGCUACAUGCCAAAUAUGGAUCCGUAGUUCGCAUCGCCCCAAACGAGCUGAUCACCAGUGACCCGGAGGCAAUCCAAACGCUUUACGGAACCAAAUCAUUUACAGCCAAGAGUCCUGUCUGUCUAGAACAACGACUGAUAAGAGCAGCACGAUUCCCGGACCACUUCUCGUCUGAAGGCGGGAAGCAACACGGGGAGCGCCGCCGCAUCGUUAGCCAUGUUUACACAAUGACAAGCAUCCUCCAAUCGGAAAAGUACAUUGAGAAGUGCAUUGACGUCUGGCUCGAGAAACUAGGCGAGAUGGCUGACUGCAAGAAGUCUUUCGACCUGUGGAUAUGGACUCGAAUGUACGCAUAUGACGUGAUCGGCGAGUUGUACUUCAGUAAAAUGUUCGGCUUCCUGCAAGCCGGCGACGACCACCUAGGCUACAUCAACGCAACGGAGGAUUUGGUCCCUAUCCAGUUUCUGGCUGCCAAUAUGCCCACCUACGUCCGGGGCUUGUUCAUGCUGACCGGGAUCUUGUUCCCAAAAGUCCGACGGGCUUUAGGUGCCCUAGAAAAUCUGACUGAGGCGACAAACGCAAUGCUGACCGACCGCCUCGCUACUCUACAAACGGACUCCCAGUCUAAGCCUCAGCGACAUGACAUCCUAGGGAACCUGCUCGAGAUCUCUCAUAAAAGAGGCAAGGAACUUGAUUUCGUUCUUGAUGAUAUAAAGAUGGAGUCCUUUGGCGCAUUCUUUGCCGGAAGCGAAACAACAGCUCUCACGCUCUCUGGCAUCCUCUAUUAUAUUUUGCGUAACCCCCGCGUAUACGCAAAGCUUACCGCUGAAAUUGACGCCGCCGUGCAAUGUAACCAACUUAGCAUCCCGCAUAUUUCCUACAACGAGGCUGUUAAACUUCCCUACCUAUCUGCUUGCAUCAGGGAAGGAAUCCGCAUGCACCCAAUCACUGGCGUCUCGUUCCCCCGUCACGCACCCCCAGCCGGGUGCAUGAUUGGCGGCCAUUACAUUCCCGGUAAUGCGCGGAUAGGCGUGAACCCCGGCGUUGUGCAUUUCAACAAGACAGUUUUUGGCAAAGACGCAGAUCAGUUUCGACCCGAGAGGUGGAUUGACGGUGAUGUUAGUAGAAUGGAUCGGUAUAUUAUGCAGUUUGGGAUGGGGGCUAGGACUUGUCUUGGCAAGAAUAUAUCAAUGUGUGAAAUUUACAAGGCCAUCCCGGAGCUUUUAAAGUCUUACGCGUUUGAACUUGGGAGUGAUGAGGAGAUGCAGACGACAUCGUAUUGGUUGUAUAAGCCGGUGGCGAUUGAUGUUAAUGUUCGACGUCGUUGA